UCCGGUCUCCGCCUCCUCCUCCUCCUCUUACCCCGCCUGUUCGGCAGCGGCGGAGGCGGCGGUGCGGCAGCGGUUGUCCCUGCCUCUCCGCCACCUCCACCUCGGCCUAUCCCCGGGCUGGCGGCGCUGGCGGGGAGGGGGACAGUAGUUGUAGACGCUGCCCCUGCCUCAGAGAAGAUACCACGUUGAGUGAGCAAAGACUGAACAUUUUACAGAUACCUUUUGUAGAAGGCUUAUAAGAACUAGUGCCAUAAUUUGAAUCAUAAUGGAUUUCACAUUAUGAGCUCCUCGGUUGUUGCACAGUCUCGCUGUUUGGAGAAAGUUCAUGCUAAAAAACGGAAGCAAUUAAUGAGUGAAUAUGAUCAGAUUUCUCCACCAAGGUCUCAAUCUGAUAAGGAGAAUCCCUUGUCAAGCUAAUGAAGCAUUCAAAGAAGACAUAUGACUCUUUUCAAGAUGAACUUGAAGAUUAUAUCAAAGUGCAGAAAGCCAGAGGCUUAGAGCCGAAGACUUGUUUCAGGAAGAUGAGAGAGGAUUAUUUGGAAACCUAUGGGUACAAAGAAGAGGUCGACUCUAGACCCAGGUGUAGAAUGUUUGAGCAAAGACUCCCAUAUGGAACCGUCCAAACCUACCCAAGAUCAUGCAGUAUUUCACAAAGAGUGGAAAAGCAAUUACCUCAGUGGCUACCAGCUCAUGACAGCAGGCUGGGACUAGACUCCCUGAGCUACUCUCAGUUCACCAGGGACUGUUUCUCAGGAAAACCUGUACCCCCGAACCUUAGUCAGCACGAGUCUAACUGUAGCUCAUACAGUGUAGAAUCUAGAGUUUACAGGCACCUCUCCCCAGAAAAUAGUACCAGUGCCCAUCAGGCUAGUUAUAAACACAUACAUCAGAAGAGGAAAAGGCACACAGAGGAAGGCAGAGAAAAGCCAGAGGAGGAGCGGCCCAAGCACAAGAGGGAAAAAGCUUGUGAGGAAAUAGAUUUAGACAAAUACAAGAGCAUCCAAACCAGCAAAACGGAGGCAGAAACAGUCAGAGUCAGUACAGAAAGGCUUAAGAACCGGAAGGAGAAAAAAAGCCGAGAUGUAGCCUCUAAGAAAGAGGAACGUAAGCGCAGAAAAGAGAAAAAGGAACAAGGCCAAGAAAGGACAGAGGAGGAAAUGCUUUGGGACCAGUCUAUCCUUGGAUUUUGAAGCUCUUGCAUUGGUUCUCCCAGGGUUAAACUAAUAGUUGAGAAGCUUGGUUUUACAGUGUUCAUGUUCAAAUCCCUCUUCUCACAUGAGCAGGUACAAAGGCUAAGAGAACAGGAAACAGAGUACGCUUGCUAUCCAACAUGGAAAUAUUUUUCCUCAUUUUCUAAAAUCAUUACUACAUUUUUCUUUUCCAUAAUGUAAUUUCCCUUAACAAGAGUGGCUCUGCUUUUAUUCAUCUGGUUGCUGUGAUGGUGGAAGUAUUUUUCCCUUGGGAGGUCAUUUAUAUUUAAGUAGGAUUAAUAGGAAUAACAGAAUCUAUUUCUUGAUUGGGUUUUAGUUUGGGGUGGGUAUUUUUAUAUUCAUUAGUUUUCUCUGUGAAGCAAUUUAGAUAGAUAUUUUUCCUGUUAGAUCUAACUUGCAGUAUAUUUUCUAGAUUGAAAAGUGGAAAAUGACAUACAUUAUAAUAAGCUUAAGUUACAUACAGUUUUUAAAAAGUCAAUACAAAAUCAGUUUAUAUUCUGGAAAUGUUUAUAAUAUAAUAAAGUUCUAAUUUCUA